AUGCUUUCUUCUACCCUUUUCGGCCUCGUUGUAGGCUCGACCCUUGCCUCUGCCGCAUCAGUACCAAAAGCUUUGUCAUCAAAUGACGUUCUUUACGUCCGUGACGGGCAGCCUGAAGUGUUCGAAAAGAACCGCCUCUCGGGCGUGAUUGACUCCAUCGGCCACAGACCUGCCAAUCUCUCCAUGCCUGAGCCCCACUUUGUUAAUGGGACUGGAUCCGCCCUUGAGGCACGCAACGGCGCUGCUACUAUCCUCCUUCCCUUUGACCAGACGGAAUUCCUUGACUGGGAUAUGCCAAUGACUGGAGUUGUACAAGGCCCCAAAACAAUCACUUUGACUUAUGGACGAACCAUUCAGAAUGCUCUCACAGUCAGCGACAGCACCACAUUCACCUUGAUCAAGAACUGGCUCUCUACCACUCUUGGUUUCUCCGCCACUAAGACCUGGUCCACCACCCAGACUGAGUCGGACCCCUUCACGAUUGAUGAGGGCAAGUGGGGCGUUGUUGUUAUCAACCCAAGGACUAUCCGCAACUCGGGCUAUGUUUUCCAGGGUGAUGUUGGCAGUGAGGGCAAACUCUCCUAUUACCAAGCUGAUGGUCGCGUUUCCGCAUCAUAUGCUGGAUUCUCGUGGGUUGAAGGUCCUGUCUAUGUUUGCCAGUCUAAGGAUUAUCCUAUCCCGUACUGUGAGGGUAACGGUUUACACUACUAA